UUUAAAUGUGCGAUAGGUGAUCUGGGAAAUGCUAACUAAAUUGCAGUGCAAAGCUAAGCAUCCUCCAAAACAAAUGAAGGUGCGCAGACCAGAAGCGAGACGACCAGAGACAACAUUAUUGGAUUACAUCAUGUGUCAUUCACCGGUGAACUUUACAGUACAGAGACAUGUGGCAUCACCCCUCAGAGGACUUCAGCAUGUCCAACAUUAGAUAUUUUUCCAGACACAAAGGAGAGGUGAACUGCUGCACAUUCUCACCUGACUGUCAGAUUCUGCUCACAUGCUGUGAUGAUGGCAGACUGUACCUGUGGAACGCCAGCAGUGCAAAACACCUGGCCACAGUCAGUGGACACUCAGGUCCAGUGAAAUCGUGUGUUUUCUCCAUGGAUGGUCAGCUGUUUGCGAGCGCGUCUCACGACUGUACCGUCAGAAUCUGGUGCAGCUCCAGCACAAAAUGCACACACAUACUGACAGCUCACACGCGGAGUGUGGAGACGGUGAGCUUCAGUCCGGACGGUCAGUGGCUGCUGUCGGGUGGAUGGGACAACAGGGCGCUGCUCUGGAGAGUUCAAUGUUGUGAGAUGGUGGAGGAGUUGCGGGGUCACACUGCAGCUGUCCAGAGCAGCGCCUUCUCAUCAGACUCGCAGUGUGUGGCCACGGGCUCCUGGGAUCGGACCGUGAGAGUGUGGAAACUUCAUGAUGAAAAGGAGGUUGUGGUAUUACAGGGGCACCUGGGAAAUGUGGCCUGUCUCUGUUUCUCUGUAACAGGGAUUUUGGCCUCAGGCUCAUGGGACGGCACAGUGCGUGUGUGGUUGCCGAUGCGUCACGCGUGUCUGUUUGUUUUGGGAGGCUGUGAGCGUGUGUGGGUCAGGAGUCUGGCCUUCUCCAUAGACGGACGGGUUUUAGCAUCCGCCGCUGAAGGCGACAUGGUGAGGAUCUGGGAUACGACCACUGGAGCAUGUCUGAAGAGGCUGCAGGGUCAUAAGGACUCAGCGUUUGGCUGUGUGUUCAGUCCCGGCGGGGAGCUACUCGUCAGCGGCUCUGAGCAGCUGGAGGAAGAAGGGGAUGAAGAAAACAGCACAGAGGAGAGAAGUGAGAGUUGGAGGAGUUUAAACAGCAAACAGGACAAUAUAGAUGACAGCUAUACCAACUUAGAUAUUACAUAAGAGCAUGUGCAGCCAUUUUGUAACGUUAAUGAGCGAGGCUUCUGGUUCAUUAGCUGCGACCUAAUUAUGCAAAAAUAAGCUAUUUGCUGUGAAUGAGUGAGACUUUCAAUUCAUUCCCUGCUGUAGGUAAAUAUUUAGAAGAAUAGUAGAGUGCAGUAAACAGUACAACUAUGUGCUCUACAAACCAAAGUGUUAUGAUAAUAAAUUUAAAAUAACAAAUACCGUUUACACCAUCAAGCAACAUUACGGACUGUUUUGAACACAAUUUAAGUGAUGCUUGAUCAUGCAUGCCAUUCCUAAAAUAUAAAGGCAUAUAUUAAAUAUUUUAUAUAUAGCCUACACUAUUAUUUAUUUUAUAUAUAAAGGCCUACUGUGUAAAAAAUAGUGAUAUCAAGAAAAUAUGUUGUUUCUAAAAUUAAAUACAUUUAAAAUACUGUAUUGUACAAUGCCACAUUAUAUGAUUGCAUAUUAUUUUAAUUUUUUUUUAUCAUGUUUAAGUUCAACAGCCAGAGCAAGAAUAAAUGUGGAAAAUACUUAAAUAUUAUAUUUUUUAUUCUAUAUAUUUUAGAUUUCAUUAAAUAUUUUAUUUCUAUUAAAAAGAAAUUAUGUAUAAACCUUUAAAAAUAAAAAACAUUUUGGAAUCUCAUGUUUUCUGUCAUAAUAAAAUAAAGCAUAUUACAAGCCCAUUUUUUCUUCAAUCAAAAUCAUCACAAUUAUGAUUUUCAAAAUAAAAACUUUUGAGGAUUUGAA